GUCCAUGGCCGACUCUUGGUGUCACAUGUUAUCUGACGUGAUCACAUGAUCGCGUCCGAAAUUGAUCGACGUCGAGGGAGUGUCGUUCGAAUUUGAUUGUUUUCUCGCGCAACGAUGCUACGACAAUUAUCGCUCCUGGUCGCUGUCCUCGGCGCAGUUCACGCCAUCGGUGAAUUCGUCGUUCUCUACUCACCCGACAGCGUGGAAUUCACCGUGAAUGGGGAGAUCGAGCAAAGCAGCCUCAAGGAGAUCCUGUCGGCGGCUCUUGGUUACACUGGGAAGCAGAGGGAUUCAGAUCGCAGCAUUGCCAUAUGGGAUCCGUUUUCGAUGCCCAAGGCACUGGUUGCCAUAGCGAUUGACGGAAUAGAGGAACUGCCCUUCCCGGACGGCAAAACCAGGGACAAUACUAACCUCGUCGUGUAUCCUCUGAUCGUCGACGAGGCGGAGGAGACCACCUGGCAGGCGAUUAGAAGCAGAGUGGAGGAGCGCAGCAACGACAACACCUUGGUCAGGAUUAACCUGAGCGACGGGGUGGACGCUCUCGGCCAGUCUGCCCUCGGCGAGCUGAAACCUGCCAAAAUGAAGAAAGAACUCAAGUUUCUGAGCCCCGAGAUCGAGGAGGAUCGCAAGUUCGUCGAGGAGAUGCAGCUUCUCAGUGCCAUCGCUGACAACUCGUUCACCGGGAAGAAGCACAACUCCGGCACGGAUGUCUACUGGUUGGUAGUGUCGGCGCUCAGACCGGUCCUGGAUCUGCACGGAAACACUUCCGCGACCGCCAAGGAGGCGUUCACACUGUUGUCAAACUCGAUGCAGCAAAUUGCCAGUGCCUUCGUGAACGCGUACGACGGCAAAGUUGUCAUGGCAGUCUUUACGAACGACGCCUCGAAGGUGAGGAACGCCCGCUCUGUUCUCGAGAGACAGCGCAGAGACACCCCGCGAGGCGGCGAGCAAGAGGGACAAAAUAAUAAUGACGAAGAGGGGAUAGAUAGAAUGAGUAGUACUGUCGGGUCCAACACUGUCGUCAGUACUACUGAACGUCAGUAUAGCGGAACGUCGGAAAAGUCCGACGAAGUUAAUAAGGAGAAUAACUUAAAUACUAACACACAGACAAUAGGACAGCCUGAAUUUUCCGGCCGCGCGAAAACUUACUCGGACGACUAUCCCGUCAUCUUCAACAUAAUGCUGUGGUUCGGUGUCGUUUUCGUCUUCUCGCUUUUAGCCAUUUGCAUCGCCAUCGCUGAUAUGGAUCCAGGACGAGACUCCAUCAUUUAUAGGAUGACAUCGAAUCGAAUGAAGAAAGAUAAUUAAUGUGUAAAUAUAAUUAUACAUAUAUUACAUAUAAGUAAUAGAAUUUUGUAACAUAUGUUUCUGUGCAAAAUGUAGCUCGUCGGAGCGUCUGUGUAUGUAAUUUAUCAAUUUUAAUUCGAGUGUAUUCAAGUAGGGAAGUAGGGCUCUAUCACAUAUUUCCAUAUCCUGAAGUUCUCUUGAAUUGAGCGAGCCGGAGCUAUCAAAUGGCUAUACAGGAUAUACACGAUUAUACACUUCAUUGAAUUAUAAUAAGUGAUUGUUACGUCGUUAAACUUUCCGAAGGUUUGUAUAUUCCUUGGAAAACCAAAGGCUGUCCUAAAUAUAACAAUCAUCCAAAUUAGGGAA